CCAUGUGUGGGUGAGCAGAAGUAAGGCUGGGAUUGCGUCUCUGUUGACACCUCCGCAGAUUCAGCGUGAAGCAGGGAGAGAGAAAAACAGACAUGCAGACAGAAUGAAUUGAGAGAGGAGGACAGAGGGAGCGCGAGAGAAGAGUGAAAGAGAGACAGAAGAUAUAUUUGACUAUGUGGGUGUGUGAAGUAUCAAGGCAUGCAUCAUAAUUGUGGAUUCUUCUCGGAGCAGCUGGACGUGUCACUGCAGCAGCAGGACAUUAUUGGUCUCACAAAGUGUGUUAUUUUGUACUUUAAAACAGUGGGAGCUGUCAGCGCAGAGAGCAACAUAGGAGACAAAAUGGAAACCUUUUUGUUUCUGCUGCCUCAAGGAUUUCAUUAACUGGGAUUAUAAAAGAAUACUUGAACUAGUUGAAGGGAUGCAGACUGGAAAAAUAAUGAGGUCCCUUCACUGUCAAUAAUCAAGAUUUCAAGUCAAGAAUUUAUCUGAGAUGGCCGUCAGCCCUAUCAUCAUCUGCCUCCUGUCACUGAUUGGCUAUGGCUCAUCCCACCCCUCUCCUCCUCCUCGGGGAUGCAGUGUGGAUGUGGACCCUCCGUACAGAGUGCUGUGUGACCUGGAGUCAGUUUGGGGUGUGGUCCUGGAGGCCGUGGCCUGCAGCGGCGGCCUCGCUUCUCUGGUCCUCGCUGUGCUCCUGCUAGUCAAGCUGCGCUCCAUUGGUGACCCCGCCAGGCGCUCCGGCAUGGGGCCUCUUCUCCUGCUCCUGGGCACGCUCCUGGGGCUCUUCUCUAUUUCUCUGGCUUUCCUGGUGGGGAAGAACCAGGCGCUGUGUGUGGUCCGCAGGGCGUUCUGGGGGCCCCUUUUCGCCCUCUGCUUCUCCAGCUUGCUAGUGCAGGGUGUGAGGCUCAGGAGGCUGGUGGCUGGCAAGACGAGCCCAUCGGGCAGCUCCCUGGCAGCGCUGGGUCUGGCCUUGGCCUUGGUUCAGGGGAUCAUCUCUGCCGAAUGGGUCUUGCUGACUGUAGUUAGGGAGGGUCACCCGGCCUGCGAAUAUCCACCUUUAGACUUUGCUCUGACAUGCAGCUACACCCUGGGGCUGCUCCUCAUAGCCAUGGGGCUCUCUCUGGGGGUGGUGCUGUGUGGAGGAGAGCUGGGGGUAGAGGGAACAGGUGGUAAUGACGAAGAUAGGGAAGGAGAGAGUGAAAAACGGAGAUGGAAGUGUAACGCCAUCUGGGUCUUCCUUUCCAGUUUGGCAUCAGCAUUGCUAUGGGUGGCCUGGCUAGGGUUUUAUCUUUAUGGCAGCCAGGCACUGAGGGGAAAGGGGAAAGGCGACAGGUCAGGAGGAGGAAAGAAGGAUGUAAAGGUGUUGGAUGAGCCUGCACUGGCGGUGGCCCUGGUCAUUCAGGGCUGGAUCCUGCUGCUAUUCCACGCCAUUCCAGAGGCGCACCUGAUUCUCCGCAACCCUCCGCAAACAAACACGCAAGACUUCUUCGACACCAGUCACACGUCCCCUCCUCCACAUUUUGGAGAUGACCUUCCAGCACACUCUCACCGACCCUUCCCUGAGAACCAGUCCUUUUCUAUGGAGGAGCACGGCUCAA